AUGUCUCAAAAAAACGGCCGCUCCAACGGCCCCGUCGUGAUCUCUCAAGAGCCUCUGGGCGACGCAGUAGCGAGCACCGCAAAUAGUCUCGAUGAAGAUCACAAGCCCAAAAAUGCGUCUCUGGUCAUCUUUUGCAUUUCAUGCAUUACCUUCAUCAGCUGCUAUCUGGGCGGCCUGGUCACGGUCUCCGUGCCCCAGAUGGCUCGAGAUUUGCACCUGGGGCCCGGCAUGGAACUAUGGCCUGUCUCUAUGUACGCCUUGGCCACGGGCUGCACCCUUCUCGUCUUUGGUGCCAUGUCGGACGCGGUCGGCAGUAGGCUCAUCUUUCUGCUCGGUUGCUUUAUCCAAAGCAUCUUCUGCAUGGCGUGCGGUCUCGCAGCGGAUGGCACUCAAUUUAUCGCAUUCCGCGCGGUAUCGGGCCUGGCUACCGCCAUGUGUCUCCCCUCCGCCGUAAGCAUCAUCUCGGAGAAUUUCCCGCCUGGCAAGCUCCGAAACCUUGCCUUCUCCUUCAUGGGAGGGGGUCAGCCCGUCGGAUUCGGAGUCGGCAUCCUCAUCGGUGGUGUCUGCGCGGACACUAUCGGCUGGCGCUGGGGUUUCUAUACCGCCGCAAUUGCCAACACGGUCGCCUUUUUGUUAUCUUGGUGGCAGCUCCCGCGAGGCAGACAAACUCGUAUCAAUUGGGAUAUGCUAUUCUUCGGCAUCGACUGGGUCGGUGCGAUUGUGAUCAGUGUUGCCUUGGGCCUUCUUUCCUGGGCAUUGGCCAUCAUAUCCGGCAACGUGAACGACAUUCGCAAACCCCAGACGAUCGCCGCUUUUGUUGUCUCCGUCGUUCUACUGGUGACCUUUGUUCUCUGGCAAGGCUACCAAGAACGUCGUGGGAAACCAACGCUCAUCCGCAACUCACUCUGGAGAAAUCCUUCCUUCACCACCAUCUGUUUCAACGUCUUUUUCAUCUGGGGCGCCUUCAAUGCCUUUGAACAGGUCGUCAAUUUCUUCUUCCAGGAUGUACAAAAGCUUUCAGUCAUCGAGACCUCGCUGCGGUUCAUCCCCACCCCAGUCACCGGCCUCCUCAGUGCCCUCGUCACGGGCAUGGUGCUCCAUCAUUUCCGUGCAGAUGCUAUCAUGAACAUUACCACCGUCAUCUCCGCCCUCUCACCACUGCUGAUGGCUCUCGUCAACCCCUCCUGGACCUACUGGCGAUGCGCCUUCAUCGCCAUCUGCCUCAAUUCCAUCGCGGCCGAUUCUCUCUUCACCGUGUCCAACAUUCUCAUUGCCGACCUCUUCCCCCCCGAGACGCAGGGUCUGGCGGGUGGUGUCUUCAACACGGUCUCUCAAAUCGGCAAGAGUUUUGGUCUGACCUUUGUAGAAUUGAUCGCCAAUGUGGUCAGUGACAACAAGGCCAGCCCGGGGGAGAGACAUGAACCAGAGGGAUUGAUGGUGGGAUACCGGGCGUCGUUCUGGUUCCUGUUUGCGAUCAACAUCGUUAGCUUGGUGGCCGGUGCCAUAGGGCUACGGAGAGUCGGCAACGUCGGGAAGGAAAGGUCCCAGUAG